AUGAAACGGGCGAUCGACCACUCAGGACUCGGCGAGAGCUCCCUCAAGCUAAGCAUAGCCGCGAACUUCUCGCACGGGAGCUUCCUGAGCGGCGACAAGGCCGAGAAGCAGCGUGAGUGCCUCCAGGCCUGGAUGGAACGCCAGCCAACCGAAUGGUUUGAAAACCUCUCGAUGGAGCUGGGCGUCGAGUCCGAAGAGGCACCUGUGCCCCAGAUCGACGAGCUCAUGCGAAGCAGAGCCAUGAGACGGCGAGGCAAGUUUGCUACUCGGUACGUCAAAACAAAGGCGUGGUUUGGGAUGAACUCCUCGUUCAGGGACCUCAUCCGCGAGUGGCCGAUUCUGGCGGCGUCUGCACAGGCCAUGAUGGAGUUGGGCUCACCAGACGAGGACGAGGGCGAUGAGGCCUCCAAUGAGGAAAACGAGGAGGCAGACGAGGAACAGCCGAACCAGCCGGCCCCAAAGAAGAAGGCCAUGACGAAGGCAGAGCUGUACCGCUACUAUGCAGGGAAGUCACCCUGCGAAAUGUUUGCUGAGUUUCUUCAACAGGCAGAACUACGUCAGCACGGAAUUAUUAUUGUGGAAAUAGCUGCGGCAUUGGAGCACAAGUACGCGACUGACCUCAAGGCCCAAACCAAGCCAAAGGACAUGCUACAGUGGACGGUCAUGGUGGACGACGGCCAAAGCGAUCUUGGGGACUGCUUUCAGUCUGGAUUUCUGCGAGAGGAGCUCGAACUGCUGGAAACUGCUGUGAACUUCGCGCAAUGCUUGGCCAGCAAUGUGGUUUGGUCACAGGUGGUGCACCGCUACGCACUGCCCGGCGCAGCCUGCGUGCUGCUGUCCGAUGACGCCUUCGAGCGCGUUGAAGGCAUGGACUUUCUGAAGUCCAUAACAGAGACAGUUCUCCACCUUCACAAGAAGCAAACGAGCAACAAGUAUAUCAGUUCGGUCCUGGAAGACAUCGCGUGGCAUCGCGAGUCACUUUGCUUGGAACUGUUGGCCACGUUCGUUCAAACCGGCUUCGACCCAGACUACGAAGACACCCGACACCUCCUCAAGCUUCUGAAAACAGGAACUUCUACGACGAAGGACGUGCUGGAGUCGACUUUCAACCACCUUAAAGAUCUUUCGUCCCGGCAUGCGAAGAACCAGAAGUUCGGGUAUUUUACCCGCUGGCUCUACGCAGUUUGUGCACCGUACGGCAAGGAAUCAGCUCCGCAACUCCUGCCCAGCAAAGCCGACUGGUUCACAUAUCGCUCAGCUGACGUCCGCCUGCUGCGAGAAUUCAAUGGCCUGGGCAAUGUCAAAGGCCAGCGCAUGCCGGAGAUCCGCUACGGGGAGGACCAGCGUUUCCCGCAGCGGCCGGACGAGAUCAAGUUCCGAAACGCAGGCCCGCUGUCUCACCACAAGUCUGCUGCUGCUCUGGCGUACGCCAUGGAAGAUGCUGGCAGCGAGUUUGCCAACGUGAGGCACGCUUGGCUCGGGGCCCUCUUCACUGCUGGGCAAUGUUUUUUGCACACGACAAGCGGCGAGUACUUCAUGUCGCUUGGAUUCCGCAAGUGGAGCGCGCUGGGCGCCAGACUCAACAAGGUGACCAGCCGGCAGGGCCAGGACUGGCUAAGGGACAUAAGGAAAAAGAAGAAGUAA